CCCUUAAGUAAAAAAUCGGGUCAAGCCCCAAAACAGAACACUGCGUAAAACUCAUCCCCAAUUCCCCCCCAAGGCGCACGGACGACAGACGAACGACCAGACGACCGCGAGCUCGUAUCCAACUCCGGCGAAGCUCCAUCUCCGGCCUCCCCACUCCGGCUAACCUUCAUCUUCUUCUGCAACACUCCUUCUUUCUUCUAGGUAAAUAAAACUCCAUUUCAUCUCAUUUUGAACUUAGGGUUUUGAAUGUUAAAAAUUUCGAAUUUUUGGAUUAUGAAUUGAUUUUGAAUUAAGUUGUUGUGAAAUGUGGAUAUGUAUGAAUGGUUGAAAUUUGAUUUUAAAUUGAUUGUAAAUUUUAAUGCGUAUUUUGACAUUUGGUCAUUUGGGUAGACUCGAAUGUAGCUAAAUUUGGGUAUUGAAAGUUAGACGUGAAUGUAGAUAUCAAAAUUUUGGUAGUUUCAUAUUCAAAUGUGAAUUGUUUGUGAAUUUUGACUUUUGCAUAUAUUACAAUUUUGGUAGUUUUUUCUAUUGAAAAUUUGAUUGUGUUUAAAGUGUGUAUAUUGAUGCCUACUCAUGAAUGUUGGACAAUGAAUUGUUAUUAGAAUAUAUGGAUUUCUCAAGCUUCCCAAUCAUAUGUCAUUGGGGAGGAAACUAUUAUGAGGAUGCUGGCCAAAUAUGCCUUGAAGGUGGUAGAACCAGCUUUGUCAUGGUUUCUCGUGGCGCUUGCAUGCUGGAGAUCCUUCAAAAAAUACAUGCAGCCACAAUGAUUCAUCCUAGCCGUUCUUUGCGGUUGAAAAUGAAAUUUCCCAUGAAUGGGGGAAAGUACAUGUUUAUGCCCCUCAUUGAUGAGCUAGCUAUAACAAAUAUGUGGGGCAUAACUCAGAUGAAAGAUAUGUCGACGCUUGAGUUAUACAUUGAGGAAUCCUGUGACGUCUAUGGUACUCAAUCAACAUCAAAUGUUGUCGUAUCUACGCAUGAUGUCAAUGCAGGUGUGAAUGCAGGGAACUCCUCAAAGGCUCCUGUACUGGACAUGGUUAUACAGGAAGAUGGUAGGUAUUUGCACAACGGUGCAUCAUUUGUGGAUGGGCAGGGAACUGAUGAUGAUGCUGACAAGAACAUCAAUGGUGAUGACAUGACAGAAUCUGAUGAAGAUGAUGGUGAUACUGUCACGAAAACAGCCUCGUCUAGCCAUUUUACUAGAAUUUAUGAUCUCCCUGAAGGGUUUACUGAUGCAUGGAUGAGUGGAUCAGGUGAGAAAAGGUUUACCCCCGAUGGUGAGUUUGAGGUCGGUCAACAGUUUGACAACAAAGAACAAGUCAUCAAUAUGGUGAGCUUGUAUUCUAUCAAACGGAACCAAUUUUAUCGGGUGAUAGAGUCCGAUAAAUACAAGUGGGUGGCACAAUGCAAAAGGAAGAAAGAAUGUGAUUGCCCCUGGAGAAUACGCGUCACAAAGAACAAAGGCAACCUUGACACCUUCACAAUUAAUGUUUUCGUUGAAAGAAAAAAUAAUCAUUUCAAAAAGGAUGUUAAAAAAAAUUAAUAUAUUAUUGAAUAAGAACUAAUACAAUUUUUGUUUGUGUGUAGGCAUGGAGGUGACAGCGGAUCCUGGGCCGAGUGAUCGUUCUGUCCUGACAUUGCAGGCCUCGCACAGGAGUGAGGAUGUUUGGCUUGGCAUGGAUGUUCAGGUGGAUAGGUGCCGCGAGCACCUUCGGGGUUUGUCGCAUUUGCACGUCGACGACAGGGUACUAGCGUAUGUUGGUGCUGCAGGUUUUUAUACUCUUCACAGAUUAGUGGCUACUGUGCCUCUAGAUAGAGCGCUUCUCACUGCUCUACUUGAGCGUUGGAGGCAGGAGACACACUCAUUUCACCUCCCAGUUGGUGAGGUGACAGUGACAUUGGGAGAUGUUGCUGUACUUACCAGGUUAGAGGUUCAUGGGAGAGCUGUUACAGGCACUGCUUGUCGACAGUGGGUGGAUGAGUGUGAGCGGUUGUUAGGUAUCCGCCCCGUUCUUAGGACUGACCUUCAGGGGUCAUCUCUGAGGAUGCCAUGGUUGAGGGAGCACUUCCAGGUGCUUCCCCCCGACGCUGAUGAGGUGAUGAUCCAGCAGCAUGCUCGGGCUUAUAUAUUGAUGAUGAUGGGAGCCUCCAUUUUCGCUGACAAGAGCGGAAAUGAGGUUCAGGUGCUGCACUAGCCUUUGCUAGAGAGGUUUGAUGUAGCAGCACAGUUCAGCUGGGGUACUGCCACCCUGGCUUACCUGUACAGACAGCUUUGUCGCGGCUGCCAGAGAGGGAGCACAGAGCUUGGGGGAUUUUUGCUACUCCUCCAGAUUUGGUCAUGGGAGUAUAUCCACAUUGGCCGUCCCAUUAUAGUCGGAUAUCAUGGCAUUGAUGGACAGCCACUGCCUGAUGAGACUCCACGUCUUCUAGGACCUCAUCAUGUACGGGGCGAGGACCCUGUAGGCCGUCGAUGGCUAUAUGCUGGUCUAUCUCGCAUGUCAUCCGCUACUGGGCUCGGUGUGUACAGGGAUGCAUUUGAUCGGAUGUCUGAGGACCAGGUAUGGUGUGGGUAGUAUAACAUUAACUAUAAUAUGUAAAGAAAAUCUCCUAAUUUUGUAUCUUUAUGAAACAGAUUACAUGGAUGCCGUUUACACCUGAGAUGUUAGCAGAGUUGCCCCCAGCUGAACGAGAGCAUACUCACAUAUGGCGAGCACGUGUGUCGUUGAUAUGUUUUGACAUUGUUGAGCUUCAUUUGCCUGAUAGAGUCUUGAGACAGUUUGGGUUUGAGCAGGUGGUUCCACGGCCUAUCGACAUUUAUGUUGAGCUGCAUAGGCUGGAUAGGCGUGGGAAGCAUACAGAGGAUUGGGCACUCAGACAUGUCCGAUAUGUGACUAUGUGGGAAAGGAGAGCUGAGCUAGUUGUGGCCGGGACACCGACAUAUGUGCCAUCUGUUUCAGGAGACUGCAUGGGAUGGUAUUACAGCAUCACUCGUUUGUUUGUGUCUCCUUCGUUCAGACUCCCUACUCAUCAUUAUCAGCCUAGUUCCUUAGCUUUGCAUCUUACGACACAAGCUUUGCAGCGCAUACAUCAGCGGGCUACUACCACAGUGACUGAUAGUCCUGAUGUGGACUUGUAUGGACAGGCUCUCACAGGCAUUGCGUCCUUGUGUUCAGAUGUGUUGGGGCGAGUCGACUACGGCCAUCUUAUACACAUGCCCCCAUCUCAGGAGAUGCCAUCCACGUCUGUGCAGCGGCGGCUUCAUCAUCCCAGACGCAGCAUGAGAGAGUGGUUCUUCAACCACGACAACGACGUAGGCGUAGACAGGAGCAGCAACAUCUCCAUGACGAAGCUGACGAUGGGAACUUCUAGUCUAUCUUUUGUAUUGUAGUUUUUCUUAUGCAGUAGAUGUUGUAGGAACAAUUUACAACAUUUGACGUAUUUUCUCUUGUAAAGUCUUGUAUGUUGUCUUGAUGUGUUCGAGUCUGAAUAUUAGAUGAUUACUUGUUAUGAAUAUUGGAUGAUUGUACUGUGUUAUACCGGUUAUUUUCAAGGUGAUUUUUAUGUUGAUGAGAGGAGGUGUUAUGUAUGUGAUUGAGAAUACGUGUGUUGUAUGUUUUAUAAUGUGUUUUAUAAUGUGUUGUAUCUGGCACGUAACACUUAAACAGGAGAAGAGAGACCUUAUUUAUAGCAAACAGAUAAGUCCGGGUUAAAUUGGGGCGAAAAAUCUGCUGAAAUGCUGUUUUUGGACCUAGGCACGAUCGUGCGUCCCAGGGUACGCACGAUCGUGCGUGGCUGGCAGUAGCUGCUCGCCUU